AUGGGAAAGAGCUGCAACACAUUUGAUCUCUUCAUGCAUCAGUACAUCGUCAAGUACAAGAACAGCAAAGUAUGCUACCUCUGCAAGAACAAAAUAACCACCAACCACAUCGAAAAAAUGGAAGACGUCUGUCCCCAAAUGUGGAGGCACUUUCACGGCUUCACCAUGCAGCCCCAGUGCCCCUUGCAGAGGUGCCAAAAAAAGGAGAAAAGAAAGAGAAAAAAAAGAGAAAGAAAAGAAAACGCUCAAAUGGACAGCGACGUGAAGGACAUGUCCCACUCACUCCUGUGCAUAUUAUCUCUAUGUAUGAGAGACAACCAUGUCGUGCAGCAAAGCCACGCAUCUUUUGGCCAGGUACUACGUGUAAAAGACCUACGGUUUGAAGAGCUAGAAAGGUACAGGGACGCCCUGCAGCGGAAGUAG